AGCCAUUGAGCACGCAUCGCCGGGAACACUUACAUUUUGCGGAACAGCUAGGUUGGUACGCGAACGUUGCGUUCAUUCGUACGCGGUGCCAGUCAGUGUGGACCAGUGCCACAAGAAUGUACAUCAAGACUCUGACAAUCCAGGGGUUCAAGUCUUACCGUGACCAGACGCAAAUCGAACCAUUCUCUCCGAAACAUAACGUGGUUGUUGGCAGGAAUGGGUCCGGGAAGAGUAACUUCUUCGCAGCCAUUCGUUUCGUGUUGUCUGAUGCAUACACAUCUAUGACACGAGAGGAAAGACAAGCAUUGUUACAUGAGGGUGUUUCUGUGACCACUACAUUGUCCGCGUUUGUUGAGAUCAUCUUUGACAAUUCCGACAACAGAUUCCCCACCGGUAGAGAUGAGGUCAUUCUUCGAAGAACCAUUGGAUUGAAGAAAGACGAGUACAGUCUCGACAAGAAAAGUGCAAGCAAAGCAGAUGUCAUGAACCUCCUUGAAAGUGCAGGUUUCAGCAAGUCGAACCCGUACUACAUAGUGCCACAAGGCCGAAUCACAGCCUUGACGAACGCUAAGGAUCAUGAACGACUAGCGCUCUUGAAAGAGGUAGCAGGGACUAAAGUCUACGAGCAACGACGCACAGAAUCUCUUCGUAUUAUGGCCGAGACCGACGCAAAGCGAACCAAAAUCAACGAGCUCUUAGAUUAUAUCGAGUCCCGACUGACAGAGUUGGAAGAAGAAAAGGAGGAGUUACGUGAAUUCCAGGAAAAAGACAAGGAACGCCGUUGUCUGGAGUAUGCCCUCUACCAACGCGAACUCGAGGAAGUAGGUGAGGCCCUCGAGGAGAUUGAGGAGGAGAGGAGAGGAGAGGUCCACGGAGCAAACGUUCGACGUGAACUCUUCGAAGGUCGCGAGAAGGAGAUACAACGCCUUGAGCAAAAAAUUUCGCAGACAAAGCACGCGUUGUCUACUUCUACAAUUACUCGACAGGACGCGCAAGCAGAACUCACCGAUCUUGUUCGUGCACGCACGGAACUGGAGUGCAUUGUUGCUGACCUUCAGUCUGCCGGAAUGCAAGAAAGUGGUCGGCGCGCAGAGCUGGAACUCGAGAUCGCAGCAGUUGAGCAGCAGACUUCUGCGAAGGAACGCGAUUUGGCAGCAAUAAUACCGCGAUGGAAUGACUAUCGCGCACGAGAAGUUGCUGAGAAGCGUAAGAUGGAAGAAGCCAAGGCCCAACUUAAUGCUCUCUUUGCUAAGCAGGGUCGUGUAAAGCGAUUCCGGACAAAGGCUGAGCGCGACAAUUAUCUCCAUCAAGAAAUAGCGUCCCUGGAGUCUUAUCAAAAGAAUCGUGUUUCGGUUUUCGAGUCCUCGAGGAACGAUUUGAACUCGACGCGAGAUGGAUUAUCCGAAGUUACACGUCGAAUAGAGAAUAUUCAAGGCACUGUCGAAGAUGGGAAAAAACGCGUGCGGGAUUUGGGCGAACAGCUUUCGGGGUUGAAAGAUAAGCAAAGUGAGCUCAGUGAACGCCGUAAGGAGUUGUGGCGGGAAGAUUCGAAGUUAGAUGGUUUGCUCGGACAUGCAGCAGAUGAACUAAAAUCUGCAGAGCGUAAUUUGGCGUCUAUGAUGGAUAAGGAUACUGGCUCAGGCCUUCGAGCUGUCGAUAGAAUCGCUGAGAGACACAGCCUCGAGGGGGUAUAUGGACCCCUGUAUCGGCUCUUGGACAUUCCCGAUCCGACAUUCAACACCGCAAUCGAGCUUACGGCCGGUAACAGCCUGUUUCACGUCGUCGUCGAUACUGAUGAAACAGCCAGCAAGGUUCUGGACAUCAUGUUGAAAGAAAAGACUGGCCGAGUGACAUUUAUGCCCCUCAACCGUUUAAAACCUAAGACGGCAACACUUCCUCCGAAUCAAGAUGCGCUUCCUCUGCUCGAGAAGAUGCGGUUUGAUGCCACGCAUCAAAAAGCUUUCCAGCAGGUGUUUGGGAAGACGUGGGUAUGCCGCGAUUUGACAGUUGCUGCGGCAUAUGUCAAGAGUCAUGGUGUCAAUACCAUUACGCUAGACGGUGACAAAGUUGAUAGGAAAGGUGCGUUGACUGGUGGAUACUAUGAUGUCCGGAGGUCUCGCAUCGAGGCAAUCAAGAACAUCGCUUUGUGGAAAGCCAAAUACGAUGCUGACAAGAAACGGUCGGAGGAGGUGAAGUCUGCUAUAACGAUAACUGACCAGGAGAUCACAAGGAUCACCGGCAAGAUUCAAGUGUUGACGAUUCAGCAAGCGCAAGCCCGGGAGACGAGAGAAAACUCCCUUCAGGACUGGAACUCUCUUAACAGAGAACGGGAACGUCUCGAAGCGCGUUUACUCGCUCUCGAAAGUGAGAUUAACGACCUUGAGACAGAACUUAGUGGUAUUUCGGCGCGUCUGCAAGGCUACCGUGACGAGUUGUCCACCCCCGUUACUCAGACGCUGACUGAUGAGGAGGCAAAGAUGAUGGAUAGCCUUGGGAUUGAAGUCGAGGAGCGUAGGCGACAGGUACUGGACCUCGUCAGGGCCCGAACUGAGUUGGAUGGCCAGAAGAACUUGUUGGAGAUUGAGCUCAGCGAGGGUCUGCGUCGCAGACACAGAGAAAUGCAAACGAAGCUAGAGGCGUUGGGUGAAGCUGAUGGUGAGGAUGGCGGCUCAAAGCAAAGCUUGGAAUCUCGGCUUCGUGAGCUCAAAUCACUAGGUGCUUCUAUAAAUGCAGCAACCAAGCGGUCUCAUGACGCUGAUAAAGAGUUCGAGAAGCUUACUAGCGAAUUUCAGGAACUUCGUUCGAAUUUGGAGAAUGCCCAACAGCAGCAAUCUGAAGAUAGUCGCAGUGUCACGAAACUACAGAAGAAUACCGAACGCUACCUGGCCAAGAAGCAGAUGCUCUCAACACGGAAGGACGAAUGUAAUCGCAACAUUCGCGACCUCGGAGUGUUACCUGAGGAAGCCUUUGAAAAGUACACCAACGAGAAACUGGACAGGCUGGUCAAGAAACUUCAUACAGUCAACGACGGCCUGAAAAAGUUCGCUCAUGUGAACAAGAAAGCUUUUGAACAGUAUAAUUCCUUUACGAAGCAACGCGACCAGCUCCUUCAGCGUCGAGAAGAUUUGGACAAGUCUGCAACUUCUAUCGAGGAACUGGUUCACGUUCUUGACCAACGGAAAGACGAAGCUAUAGAGCGCACGUUCAAGCAGGUGGCAAGCAAUUUCGAGGAAGUAUUUGACAAGCUGGUGCCGGCGGGCAGGGGCAGGUUAAUUAUACAGCGUCGAAUUGACCAGGACGACGAAGCAAUGGACGAAGCGGAUGACACUCAGCAGAGUUCGAUCGACAACUAUACGGGUGUCGCAAUCAAGGUGUCGUUCAAUUCGAAAGUUGACGAAGGGUUGCGAAUACAACAGUUGUCUGGUGGGCAGAAGUCUUUGGUGGCCCUCGCACUGGUAUUUGCAAUACAGAAGUGCGACCCGGCUCCAUUCUAUCUGUUUGAUGAGAUCGACGCGAAUCUCGACGCUCAGUACCGUACUGCGGUUGCAAACAUGAUCAGCUCGCUCUCGGACACUGCGCAAUUCAUCACCACUACUUUCCGUCCUGAAAUGCUGGUCACUGCAGACAAGUUCUAUGGUGUCUUGUUUAAUAACCAAAAGGUUAGCACGAUCAGGAGUAUAAAACGCGAGGAAGCCAUGGAGUUUGUUGAUCAAGAAGCUCAAGCUCAGUGAUACUCUACGCUCUGCUGUUGG